CUAAACCCAAACUCUCACCUUUUUGAUCGAUGGAGAGGAUCUACGUCACGGUUAGGGCGAGACCUCUCUCCCCGGAGGACUCCAAGUCCAGUCCAUGGCGGAUCUCCGGCAACUCCAUCGCCAUUUCCAACCAAUCCAGCAAGUUCGACUUUGAUAGGAUUUUUGGGGAGGAAUGCAAGACCUUCGAGGUUUAUGAGGCCCGGACGAAGGAGAUUGUGGCUUCCGCUGUUCGUGGAUUCAAUGGUACAGUUUUUGCAUAUGGGCAGACUAAUAGUGGGAAGACACAUACAAUGAGAGGUUCUGGUAGUGAACCAGGCAUUAUCCCUCUUUCUGUGCAUGAUUUGUUCCAGAGCAUACGAGAGGAUGCGGGUAGAGAAUUUUUAGUGCGCAUGUCUUAUAUGGAAAUAUAUAAUGAAGAGAUAAAUGAUUUGCUAGUUCCUGAACAUCGAAGGCUCCAAAUCCAUGAGAGCCUUGAGAGAGGCAUUUAUGUGGCUGGGCUAAGAGAGGAAAUUGUUACGUCUCCUGAGCAAGUCCUGGAUUUCAUGGAGUUUGGAGAAUCUCAUCGUCACAUUGGGGAGACCAACAUGAACCUCUACAGCAGCAGAUCUCAUACUAUUUUCCGUAUGAUAGUCGAGAGUCGAGAAAAAGCUGGAGACUCUGAUGAAAACAACUCCUGUGAUGCCGUUCGCGUAUCUGUUCUUAAUCUUGUUGAUUUAGCUGGUUCAGAGCGUGCUGCCAAGACUGGUGCAGAAGGUGUGCGCUUGAAGGAGGGUUCCCAUAUCAAUAAAAGCUUAAUGACACUAGGGACUGUCAUAAAAAAACUCAGUGAAGGUGCAGAUAUCCAAGGGGGUCAUGUGCCUUAUCGGGACAGCAAACUUACUCGCAUUCUGCAACCCGCACUUGGUGGAAAUGCCAAUACUGCCAUCAUUUGUAAUAUUACUCUUGCACAGGUUCAUACAGAUGAGACAAAAAGCAGCCUUCAGUUUGCAAGUAGAGCUUUAUGUGUUAAAAAUUGUGCACAUGUCAAUGAGAUCUUAACUGACGCUGCACUUUUAAAACGUCAAAGAAAAGAAAUUGAAGAGCUACGGGCAAAAUUACUGGACUCUCACUCAGAGCACUGGGAGGAAGAAAUUCUGAAUCUACGGAAUACUCUUCUACAGAGCGAACUAGAAAAAGAAAGAAUAGUUCUAGAGUUGGAAGAGGAAAAGAAGGCUAAAGCUCAGCGUGAAAGGAGGUUGAUGGAACAAGCAAAGAAAAUUGCAAACCUUAGUUCAAUGGUGUUCUGCUCUGAAAGAGAUGAAAAGAGUUCUUGUGCCAAUAAGAAUAAGAGGCGGGUCACAUGGUGUCCAGCUCCAUUAUCAUGGAAAAUAUUUAAUGAGGAUUUACCUCCAAAUCAGUUGGCUACUGUCAAAAUGUGUGUUAGAGAUGGGCAAGGCAAAGACCUACCACCUCCUUUUGAAGAGCUAAUGCAACAGGAUGAAGUUUCAAUUGAAGACCAAUAUAGUGAUCACUACUUAUCUGAUAAAGAGAAUAAUGCUGACUUGGACUUUUCUCUUCCUGAUGCGCGUGCCUUAUUGCAUGUUACAAGCAGGAGAAAAUUUCAGAGCACUAGGAUUUGCUUGCCUUCGGAAAUUGAUGAAUUAGCAGAGCAGCAUGUUGGAAAUGAAUGUCAAACUUUGGAAGCUGAAAUCCAGGGUCAAGAAAAUGAUGUUGAAGUUCAUAGACUAGAAAGCAAGUUAAUGGAACUGGAGUCUACUCCCAGCAUGGCAAGCUCUCGUCCUAUCUAUCAACAAAGUGAAGGUGCAUCUUGUGGGCAUGCAAGCUUAAGCGCAAGGGAAUCAGAAGCUAUCCUUGUGAUUAAACAACUCCAAGAUCAGAUUAAACAAUUAGAGUUGGAGAAGACUUGCAUACAGAGUAAUUUGGAUAAUGUUGUUGAGCUGACAACCAAACAAAAUGAUUCGUUUAGGAAAAAAUAUGAACAGCUUCAUCAAGAGGUUCUAAGUGCGCAUGAUGAAGAUAAGCUUGCUCAUGAAAAAUCUUACUCACAUCCUAGCAGAACUUUUGAUGAGGUUCUUGAGUUAGACUUUUCUUCUAAGUUGUCUAUUCAAAUCCAAGGAGUAGCAUUGGAGAUUGAUAAUUCACGAGAAGUUGUGGGCACUCUUUCUUGUGUCCUGGAAGACUAUGCCAAGAAUUUCUCCAUCCUUUCAGAAAGUUUACUGGAACUCAAGUCAAUUGCACAUCAAGAAAUGGAGCGAUUCAAGCCAAUCAUUGGUGGUCACAGUCAAAUAAACAGUUUUAUGAAACAGAAAAUCAAUGAAUUGGAGUUAGAAAAGAAUCUUGCACACAAUCAAUUGAGUGGCUAUCACCAGCAAAUUCAUAAGUUAACAUCUGACCUAGCUAAUUGUGAGAAGAUCCUGAUGGAGAAAGAUUUACAACAUGAACUUGAGAAGGAUGACCUCCUUUCUCAAAUUCUCAGUCUGCAGAAAGAAGUUUCACAGUUGUCAAAUUCUUCUUUGGCAAGGGAAAAAGAGACUCUCAGAAAGGAUCUCGAUAAAACAAAACUAAAAUUGAAGGAUACAGAAUCCAAACUGAAGAAUACCAUUCAGGAGAAAAUAAAGCUUGAGGGUGAGCGAGCACAGGCCGAACGGGAGAUAAAGCGUUUGCAUGGUCAAAGGGCUCUUCUUGAGCGUGAUAUAUUGAAGCGUGACUCACUAAUUGAUAAGCGCCGGGAAUCAAAAACUUCUGAUCUUGUCAAGGCAAAGGGUUUUACCAGUACAAUAGAGCAAACUCUCCAGGAUGAGUAUCAGAAGCUUGAAGUACAUGCAUUUGAAAUGGAAGCUAAACUUGCUUCCUUGAACGAGGCUUUGGCAGCUGCAAUAGAAGAGAAGCAUGAAGCAUUUUCAAGGAGUGAAAUUUUAGAUUCAGAGUUGGAAGCUGUAUCUAGCAAGUUGGAAUCAGCAAACGAUGAAAUAGAAUCAUUACAAGAUGAUGUGACAAGGAUGAAAAAGAAGUUAGAAGAGUCAGAAUCACUUCGUAAAGAAUUAGAAGUUUCUCUUGGUUUGCUAUCCAGAGAAAAAGAAGAAAUGGGAUUGCAACUUACAGAUGCUCUUCUAGAAGUGGAGGCAGAAAAGUCAACAUGGCCAUUGAAGGAGAAAGCACUCUCAGAGUCCAAUGAGCGGGUGAAGAUGUUGGAUGAUGAGAUUUUUAAAAUAUCAAAAGAUUUAUUAGAGGUGAAAUGCCAACUGGAGUCUUGUAAGGAACAAUGCACCAUCCUGACAGAAAAGUUGACCGUAUCUGAGGAAAAUAUGGCACUUGAGAAAGAGAACAAUGCGUUAUUGACUUCAGAGAUUGUGAAGUUAAAGAAUGAGCUUAACCAAUUGUUAGUUGAGAAACUUGAAUGUGCAGAUUUGAAGUCAAAAUUUGAGGAUCUCUCAUCUGAACAUCAUCAUGCUUGUGAAGAAAUGAAUAAACUGCAAGAAAAGCUGGCCAUCCUUGCCAAAGAAAGAGAUAAACUUCAAGUUGAUGUCAAAGAGAUGGGCAUAGGACCAGAUAUUUUAAAUGACUACCAGAAUUUUAAGAAUCAAAACCUUGCAUUAUCAAGCGAGAGAGAUAAUGUACUGUCUCGAAAUCUAGAGCUGGAAUCUGCCAAGGCUGAAGCUGAAAUUCUUAAGAGAGACUACGAGAACAUGUUAUCCGAAGCCAGAAAUGAGCUGGUGGAAGUGAAAAUCAGGAUGCAUGAUGAAGAGUUGAACAACAACAAAGAGACGACAAAGCUCAGAAUGCGGCUUCGAUCCAUGCAAUCAAAAUUGGACAUGUUCCGCGGCAGGUACAGAGAUCUAGUAGAUGAGAAUGGACUUAUGAACAGGAAAUUUGAAGAAGCAUCUUCCAAACUUAAGGAGCAAUUAGGCUGCUAUGGAGUCGAGAUACUUCGCCUGAAGAAACAACUAUCAAUGAAAGAAUAAACAGGUUGUUCAGUUAUGGUUCCGGACGAAGAAAUCAUGCACAUUAGGGAAUGUUAAGUAAUACCAUGGUGUGUAAUGGUGUGAUCAUGUCAACAAGGCUGAAACCAGAAUGAUUCUUGUAUAGACUUCAUCUUUUAGUUCCUCUUAAGGCUAUAAAUGUAUUUGUUUCUUUUUGUAUUUGUCUGUAUUUCUGUGUUAUUCUGUUCAUUCAUGUUUCAUGUUGUUUGAUGAGGAAGCAUCCAAGUGCAAGCUAUAAUUGGACCACCAACCUCAACACAAGUUGAGUUUGUGAUUGAGCUUGGAAAAUGGAAGAAACAAAGAAUUGGAUUUUGGACACCAACCAAUUAAUUUUGUGAGGAAUUGAAUUCAAAUAACAUUACUUUUGCUUUUCUUUUUUUUUUUAA